CGUCUCGUCUCGUCUCGCAAGCCAAAACUCCCCAACCCAUCCCUUCUUCUCCUGGCUGUAAUUGCCCGCCUGGUGAAUGUUCUCACGUGGACUUGGCACUCCGGGAUCUAAAAGCAAGCUGCUACUCCGCUUUCCUAGCUGGUUUUUGUGAUACCGAUCAAUCCGUACGCGCCACGUGGAAUUCUCAGCAAUCACUGGCAGCCACGUCACCCGACCACGGAAGGGAACUGGUAGAGGAAUUUAGCAGCGCAGCGCAGUCCGGGUCUUAGCACCCCUUCUUCCCCUCGGGGCUGUCUGCUGAGGAGAAGUGACAGAGUGAUCCACUGAGUGGAUCGGAAGACAGAGACAUCGAGGGAGAGGGGCAGGGACGGUGAAGAAGAGGCGAAUAUCUGGACGAUUUCGAGGUUUGGGAGAGAGAGAGAGAGAGGGCGGUGCAGGUGGUGGAGUAGUUGGAGGGAGAUUUUGGUCGCCCAAUCGAUCGAUCGAUUGGUUGGCUGGGCAGGUCUUUGCCUCCGGCGUUGUCAUGGACGGUUGGGAUGCGAGCACGAAGAGUGUGGUGACGAAAAUUCCCUUGCUGGCUACCCGAGCCGGUCCACGGGAUGGUGCGGAAUGGACGAAACGCUUGAAAGAGGAGUAUCAGGCUCUUAUCAAGUAUAUGGAGAUGAACAAGGCCAAUGACAACGAUUGGUUUAGAAUUUCCUCUGGUGCAGAUGGCACCAAGUGGAAGGGAAAGUGUUGGUACGUUCAUAAUCUUCUGAAGUACGAAUUUGAUCUGCAGUUCGACAUCCCUGUCACUUACCCUGCAACAGCACCUGAAAUUGAGCUGCCUGAACUGGAUGGGAAGACAGCGAAGAUGUAUAGAGGUGGGAAAAUUUGUCUGACGAUUCACUUCAAACCUCUUUGGGCAAAGAAUUGUCCGCGAUUUGGAGUUGCACAUGCACUCUGUCUAGGACUGGCCCCUUGGCUAGCCGCAGAGGUGCCGCAUCUGGUGGAAACAGGCAUGAUCGUACACAAGGACAAUGUGACAAUUACCAAGACUGCAUCAUGAGUUCAGGUCCGGAAAGGUGCAAGUCAUUUUCUAGUGUCUGGAAACUCUUCAUGAAGCUGGAGCUAAGAAGAAUUGUGGGCAUUGAGUUUUUUCGGAAACUUUGCGGGCUUGUCGAGAUGAAACUCAAGUAAGAUCUUCCAAGCGUUUUGGCAAAUACUCAUUCGAGUAAGGAUGGAAGCGUAGAGGUUUCAUGUCCCAGUUCCCGGUAUCGUCUUUUCAUCACUCGAUCGGUAGAUCCCUGACGGUCAGUAUCGGAAGUGUAAAGAUACAUUCUAUGAGGAGCAAGAUGAUGACGAUUUGUUAGAUGGUUGAACUAUGUGGAAGCCUAAUCGUUAUAUUCGGCAGACAGCUGCUUAAGUUCAGUACUCGAUUUGACUUCGAUAAAGUGUAACUGCAGUCCGAAGAAGAAGUGCACCAACUCAUUGUGGAACUUGAGAAAGUUCGAUGAGUCACUCAGUUAUAGAUGAGACUUCCUGGACCUGAGUCGUCUGAACUCGGUCCCACACUUUGGAACAAGUACAUCAAUAGACCUCGAAUUUGCGUCCUGUAGGUUCCAGUUACUCUCUGUAAGUAGUGGAUUGGUGCCAUUUGGCGACGAGUUACUACGAAGGUUUGUACACUCCUGUUGAGAUGAGACGGAACAGAGGUAUUUCAUCUGCAUUGAAGUAUAUGUGUAGGCUAACUUUUUCUGGC